CAGUGUUCGACAACGUUAAUAGUUUUAAAAACAGUAUUAUGGAAAACGAAGAUAUAAUGGCUUAUAUUUAUUCGCGUGAUAGUCUUGAUGGUGAUAUGGUUUCUUUACCACAGAUAAAUGAUGAAAAUUUAGGUGAUGAUUCCGAAAUUAAGGAAAAAACAACGAGUGAACCGGGAACGCCGACCGUGGAAUGCGAAAAAACAUUGUACAACACAAGAGCUCUCAACAAAAAUGAUUUAACGUACAGACUCGAAACAUUUCAGAAGCAUUAUAUGAUGAUUUUCAAUCAAGAAAAUGUUGUCGGUUUCAAACCUCGAUUAGGAACUGAAAAGGAUGUCUCGUCGCUUUGCAGAACUUUUUCGGAAUAUAACUUUGAAAUUGACGUUCAUAAGGAUUUAACGAAGUCAGAAAUCAUGGAAGAACUUAAAAUAUUGUCAGAAAAAGACUUCACAGAUUAUGGAUGUAUUGUAAUAGCGGUGUUAACACAUGGAACACACGGUGGCCUGCUUAGGGCGAAGGACAUGCAAUACAGCGAAAGUGAAAUAAUAAGCCAUUUCAAAACCCAUGACAAACCCACGUUGUUAACCAAACCAAAGUUUCUGAUAGUUCAGGCAUGUCGAGGGACAAGACCGAUAACUGGCGUGAUGGUGAAACAGAUGGGUAAAAUACGUAAGGAUAUUGAUAGAGAUGAAGAGCCUUAUACAUUACCAAUUGAAUCUGACAUGCUAAUCCUUCAUAGCUCGUACAGUGGUAACCCUUCUCACAGAGACGAGCUUCACGGUUCAUGGUUAAUACAAGCACUGUGCUAUGAAAUUACAAAAAGUUCGCCUGCGUUGGACUUAGAAUCGAUCAUAACUGAUGUCAAAAGGAAAGUUGCUAUCGACAUGUCACACGAAGUAUACAACAGACGGACGCAUGAGAUUGACAUAAAUAAGCAAAUGCCUGUCAUGACGUCGACGUUAAUAAGAAAACUUUAUCUGAAAAAGUAUAACGAUGAGCCCUCAUCACCGGAAGUAUUUAGCGAUAGAGGAGCGGUUUGUCAGAAUGAAGUUUUCGAUGGUGAAGUUCCGGGGACUCCCCUGUUUCCACAACUUGGCCCUUGUUUCUGCUUCUUAAACCAUUACGCGUAUUUGAAGAAGUGUUUAAGGUAUGUAGUAGCUGAGAAUUCAGAUGACAAGGUAGCGAAAUCAUAUCUAGAUAUAAGUGAAACGUUGGAAGAUAGCGACGAUUUUAAUGCAACAAAGGAGAAAUUGGCGACGCUUAUCUCAGAACACCUCACAAGCUACGCUGGAAGCUUAGACUUUUAUAAGUAUCUGUAUCUAUAUCAAAGGAGUCUGUAGCUCUAUUUAUUAUAUUAGACUAAGUACAUAAUAUGUUAAGCACUUUGUGAUAAUAAUAAAAAAUCUAUUAAGAAUAUUACUAAGAUUUUUUAGCUUCGUCUUGUUUUUUUAAAAUUGAAUUAAUUUUAUAAAAUUUGCUCAAAUAUUUUAUCUUUGCCAGUUACUUAAAUCUUAUGUUAAAAUUUAAAAAAUAUGUAAUGUUUUUUUUUUAUUACAAUAUGUAUAUAAAGAUAGCAUGGAGUUCGUAUUUAUUCAAUUUCCAUACUCAAUUUAAAAUUAACUGAUAUUUAUUAAUUAAAUAGUUGACUAUGUAUUUUAUUUAAGAAAACGUAAAGUGAAAGUAAAAGUACUGAACUAAACUGAACUAAGCUAUUGAAUAUUUACUGAUUCUAAUUCUCACUGAAUCUACAUUCCGUGAAUUUUAAAGAACAUGGAUUGAAGAGAAACUGUUACGAAAUUUGUUUGAGCCGAUCCGAGGCUCGAAUAUGGAAUGUAUCGGAAUCUAACU